GCAGCGUUUGAAAAGCAGCCAGGGGCGAGCGCGGCUCCCUUCCUCCUGGUCAGACGCUUCCACUUUCAGUUGCGAGCGAAAAACCAGGAAGUGGAGCCCCGGCGAGCACGUUAGGGAGCCGGCCAUGGCCUAACUGCGGCCAGGGCGGGCAGGGCAGACCCGAGGCGCUCCGUUCUGAGCCCGCCGCCGCCUGCAUGGGUGCUCCGACGCCACCCUGUGCCUGGUGGAGGCAGGGGUGAGGGCAGAAGAGCAGGGACUCAUGUGCCAGGAAGGACUCGCAGCCGGGAAGCCCCAUUUGCUGGAAGCACCAAGAGAUGCGGCCCCCUUCCCAGGGCCUGAAUUUCCUGCUGCUAUUCACAAAGAUGCUUUUUAUCUUUAACUUCUUGUUUUCCCCACUUCCAACCCCGGCACUGAUCUGCCUCCUGACCUUCGGAGCUGCCGUCUUCCUGUGGCUGAUCAACAGACCUUACCCCACCUUGCCUGCUGUUGAUCUGGACAACCAGUCACUGGGGAUCGAGGGAGGAGCACGGAGGAAUGCUUACCAGAAGGACAAUGACCUGCUAAGUUACUACUUCUCAGAUGCCAAGACAAUGUAUGAAGUUUUCAAAAGAGGACUUGCUGUGUCUGACAAUGGGCCUUGCUUGGGAUACAGAAAACCAAAACAACCUUACAGAUGGCUGUCCUACAAACAGGUGUCUGAUCGAGCAGAGUACCUGGGCUCCUGUCUCUUGCAUAAAGGACAUAAACCAUCACAAGACUCUUUCGUUGGCAUCUUUGCUCAGAAUAGGCCAGAGUGGAUCAUCUCCGAGUUAGCUUGUUACACAUACUCCAUGGUGGCCAUCCCCCUGUAUGACACCUUGGGAGCAGAAGCCGUCAUAUACAUUAUCAAUAAGGCUGAUAUCGCCGCUGUGAUCUGUGAUACACCCGAAAAGGCAUCGGUCCUGCUGGAAAAUAUGGAGAAGAGCCUCACUCCAAGCCUGAAAUUGAUCAUCCUCAUGGACCCCUUUAAGGAGGACCUGAAAGAAAGAGGGGAGAAGAGUGGAGUGGAGGUCUUGUCCUUCUCUGAUGCUGAGAAUAUAGGCAAAGAGAACUUCCGAAAACCCGUGCCUCCUGAACCAGAAGACCUGGGCAUCAUCUGCUUCACCAGUGGGACCACAGGUGACCCCAAAGGAGCCAUGCUAACCCAUCAAAAUGUUGUUUCAAAUGCUUCUGCUUUUCUCAGAUGUGUGGAGCAUACUUUUGUGCCCACCCCUGAGGAUGUGUCCAUAUCCUACCUCCCCUUGGCUCAUAUGUUUGAGAGGGUUGUACAGACUGUUGUGUACUCUACUGGAGCCAAAGUUGGGUUCUUCCAAGGAGAUAUCCGGUUGCUGCAGGACGACAUGAAGACUCUGAAGCCCACGAUGUUUCCUGUGGUGCCUCGACUCCUUAACAGGGUCUAUGAUAAGGUUCAAAACGAAGCCAAGACACCCUUGAAGAAGUUCUUAUUGAACUUGGCUAUUUCCUGUAAAUUCAGUGAAGUGAAAAGGGGUAUCAUCAGAAAGAACAGUCUGUGGGACAAGCUGAUCUUUGCAAAGAUCCAGAACAACCUGGGUGGGAACGUUCGCAUUAUGGUCACCGGGGCUGCUCCCAUCUCUGCUCCCGUCUUGACGUUCCUCCGGGCGGCACUGGGAUGUCCGGUGUAUGAAGCUUAUGGUCAAACAGAAUGCACUGCUGGCUGUACAUUGACAUCCCCUGGGGACUGGAAACCAGGCCAUGUUGGAGUCCCCCUGGCUUGCAAUCAUGUAAAGCUGGAAGAUGUGGCAGACAUGAACUACUUUUCAGUGAACGGUGAAGGAGAGGUCUGCAUCAAGGGCACCAACGUGUUCAAAGGAUACUUGAAGGACGCUGCGAAGACGGCAGAAGCCCUGGAUGAAGAUGGCUGGCUUCACACGGGAGACAUCGGGCGCUGGCUCCCGAAUGGAACUCUGAAGAUCGUUGACCGGAAAAAGAACAUUUUCAAACUGGCCCAGGGAGAAUACAUUGCUCCAGAGAAGAUAGAAAAUAUCUACAUCAGGAGUAGACUGGUGCUGCAGGUUUUCGUACACGGGGAAAGCUUAAGGUCAUCCUUAGUAGCGGUGGUGGUUCCCGACUCAGAUGUGCUCCCCUCAUUUGCAGCCAAACUUGGGGUUAAGGGCUCCUUUGAAGAACUGUGCCAAAACCAAGCCAUAAAGGAAGCCAUUUUACAAGAUAUGCAGAAACUUGGGAAAGAAAGUGGCCUUAAAUCCUUUGAACAGGUCAAAAGCAUCUUUCUCCACUCAGAGCCAUUUUCCAUUGAAAAUGGGCUCUUGACACCAACAUUGAAAGCAAAGCGGGGAGAUCUUUCCAAGUACUUCGAGACCCAAAUCAACAGCCUGUACAAGACCAUCCAGGAGUAGAUCAGCAUGAAAAGAAGGCCCUGUGACUAAGAACAGGGGCUGAAGUAGGGCUUUCUUCUCAGCAUCCCUGGCCAAUCUCUUCCUUUGUGUGCACUCGGCGCUCCCCGGGGCUCUUCGCCCUCCUGGAGCUCCAGGCCAGAGCUGCAGUGAAGAUGACAGAGCUCAUGGAUUCGUUAGAGACACGGGAGGAAGCACGCAAAACUCAUCAACGAGUCCCAACUGAAAGUCAUUACUGUGACUCAUUUUCUCUACUUAUUCAUAGAUGCAUUUCGGGAAAUAAAAUACACAGUCUCUGUCCUAGAAGUGAAGUUAAAGAUAUAGGGUAUAAGAAUUAAAUAAAAAUAUGAGACCCCAUGUGCUAGCGCACGGGACUGUAAGAUUAAGUGCCAGGUCCAGAGGAGUCUACAGGGCAGAUGUUGGACUGGGGAAGAGGCUGGACUGCAACUGGUCUUAAUGAAGUCAAAUAGAGAAGAGAUCGGAGGAGACAGAAAAGACAGCGGGGCGAGGUCAGGUGCAGGUAGGUGCGAGUUGUUCACAGAGUGGUCUCAGCUGAUUGGAAAAGAUGACUCCUGUUUGGAAGUAGUUGGAAGGUAGUUUUAGGCCAGAUUUUAUAAAACUAAGUUAAAGAAUCAGGACUUUACCACACAGGUCUGGAGAGUUAAGGAGGGAUUUAAGUAAGUCCAGAGACCUGAUACAAACAGUGCUUGGAUUACUAACUUCGAAACAGACUUAUUUUACUAUAAAAUGUCAUCUGAGUUAAGGGAAAGUUAAGGGGAAGAAGGUGAGGCGAAGAGGAAAGGCGACGUGGACAAAAAUACUCACC